GCCACAGUUUCACAUGUCAGCUGGUUCAGCUGUCAAGACGUUCAUGCAUGUGAGCGAGCUCCCGUAGUCUCAAAUCAAGCCUAUCAGGGGUGAAAACAUGGCACUGAUGGGGAUUCAGCUGGUGGUCAGCCUGCUGGCUGCCAGCAUUAUGCAGAGGAUGGCUCCACAUUGCUCUUUUGCACGCUGGCUUCUUUGCAAUGGCAGUUUGUUCCGGUUCAAACACCCGUCAGAGGGAGAGCUGUGUGCGCUGGCAGGGAAGCAGAUGCCCAAACCCAACAGGAGAGACAGAAGACAGAAUGGAGACAACAAGCCACUCACUGUGCCCAAAGACAUCGACCUUCACCUCGAGAAAGCUCCAGUCAACGUCCUUGACGCUCUUGUGUUGCGCUUUUUCCUGGAGUACCAGUGGCUGAUAGACUUUGCUGUCUAUGCAAUGGGGAUCUUCCUCUUCACUGAGUGUUACUACAGCGUUGUUGACGCGAGUAAAGAAGUCAAUAUCGGAGCCAUCUGGUGUGUUCUGACUGUUCUCUUUGGUCUGAGGACGCUGCACACUCUGAUGAGCCACUACUUCCGCUCUGAUGAGGGGGGCGAGCGCUCGGUGUGUCUGGCCUUUGGCUUCCUGUCUCUGCUUGUGGCCAUGCUGGUGCUGGUGGUCAGAGAGGACUACUUGGAGUUUGGCCUAGAGCCUGGGUUUGCGAGCCUCUUUGACAAUUUGGAAAUCUUUGCCAAACAGCAGGGCUACGCGGACUGGUCGGUUCCAGUGACGAAGCUCACGGUGAAGCUCGGCCUGGCUGCUUUGUGUGCGUACAUUGGAGCUCUCCUGGCCUUCCCCGGGCUGCGAUUGGCUCAGACACAUCUAGACGCUGUGCAGAUGCACUCAGACCGCCCACUCAUCCAGAUCCUGUUGCACUUGAGCUUCCUGUCUCCGGUCAUCGUGUUGGUACUUUGGGUCAAACCAAUAGCCAGAGACUUCCUGGCCAACGCACCUUUGGGGAAGACAUCGGUCACACUUGUGUCCAGCGCAGCAUUUGACAGCAUGCGUCUGUGGAUCAUUGUGGCACUGUGUUUGCUGCGGCUAGCACUGACCCGCUACCACCUGCAGGCUUAUCUCAAUCUGGCCCAGAAGUGGGUGGAGCAGAUGAAGAAGGAGGCAGGACGAAUCGCUGCGAUCGACAUUCAGAGGAAGGUCACUCGUGUAUUUUGCUACCUGACUGUGGUUACUCUCCAGUACUUGGUUCCUGUUCUGCUCAUCCUGUUCUCUGCGCUGUCUCUCAAGGCACUAGGAGACUUCUCCUGGGGGUUGGGCGCAGAGGAGACACCUGGGGUGACACCAGCGCUGGUGAUGCCCACAGCGGCACCUGUCUUGCCCGGCGGCCUCGAUGAAGAUGAAGAGGGAGUGGAAGACAUGGAGGAGGACAUCCAGGCCACUGUGGCACGAUUAUCGGAGGCCUUCACCGCCCUUCGCUCCGUCCUCACGCCGCUCUUCUUCCGAGGCAUGUUCGCCUUCCUCACCUGGUGGGUGGCUGCCUGCCAGGUGAUCAGCUCUCUGUUUGGCAUUUACUUUCACCAGUACCUUAUGCAGAACUGAGGAGGACAAAGAUUGCCACACGGUUCUACCUGCAGCCUAACACCAGCCCCAGACUAUUGUUAACUAGUUGCACAGGAUGCCUGCAGACAAACAUGGACCCAAGUGGGUUUCUCUUGUGUUUUUGGGCGCAGAAAAAGUUGCACCCAACGUGUCUUAAAAGUAGACUGGUGAUGGGCUCUGCCUGUUGCAUAGUUGCUACCUUGUUGCCCUUUAGGCUUUGCCCGACCAGCAGGCUGUGUUUUCCCUGUGGGUUAUUGAGAUCAAUGACAAGCAUGUACAAAGGGAACUGGCCGGCGUCCAAACCAAUUCAGCAGGACUUUUUCUGCAACUCCUCAAAUAUAUCUAUGCCAGUGUUAACCUGUUUGUUCUUACCACAGGACAUUGUUAAAUGCUGCAAACACGAUAUCAGUGGGUAGCAGGGUAGGUGUCAUUACCUUGACUCUGUGUAGAUUAGACGUUUUAUUUUUGAGGGGGAUUCUGUGUUCCUGUAAGGAGCCGAUGUACGAGUGCUAACUAAAUGCUUUGUUGAGUUUUCUCUGCUGUACUGUACUUGAUUGCAAAGCAGUGAUGAAGCUCAGAUCCAGCCUAUUUAGUCCAACACAGUUGACCAUGCAUCAGUCAAAACUGUGGCUGUCUAUUAGCCUAAAUUAUUUUUUACCUGUAAAGAGUUGUUACUUUUAUCUGAUUAACGAGUUCUUAAGUGCCUGGGAACUCAGGGAUUUUGAGUGAGUUUUAAAAUAUCUGUUUUCUCCCAGUUCAUAUGGAUUCAGAAAGGGGAUUGACCUACUGAAUAGAUAAAACAAACACUCCAGCCAUGACCCUCUCUGUUUCUUUCUUUCUUUUUUUUUGUGAACACUACUCAGUUUCAGCGUUUUUAUCUACAGCAGUUCAGUCAGUUACAUACAUUUUUUAUCUGCAGUUUUUAUUGACAAACAAAUGUAUACGGAUAAGACAAAUCAAAGCCUACUUUGAAUCCGUCUUUGGUCUGAAAUGGAUUGCAAAUGACAGACGUGUCAACAGAGUGUUUUUAUUUAUUUAUUUAUGAUGUAUUCCCUCAUAACGUUUUGUUGUUUUUCCCAAAUGUUACAGAUGAAGUUGUGCUGUGCAUUUGUGUGUGCUGUUUGCGGCAAGUUUGAUUUUAGUGCGAUUUGUUUCCAGACGGUGUAAUUGAAUGUUCAAAAAUCAUGUUAUACUGUGAAGUUCACAUGGAAAUAUUGUUUUAAAACUUUUUACAUCAGUUGAAGAGACUUUCUGAAUGCAUGGUGUGCAAGCUUUUGACUGUAACCCGAAUGUUUUAUUUCUUUGUGUGGCUUAAUAAAACAUUUAUUAUUUUCA